GUGGGGAGCGUGAGGAUGGAGCAGAGGAAUCCAAUGGCGGCGAGGCCGAACCCCUGCGCGGCCUUCCGCUCGGUCCCGCCGCCGCUGCCCGCGCGCCGCGCCGACGCCGCGCCGAGGCCCAAGGAUGCACCUUGUCCUACCUCUAAUGGCGAUAGAGGUCUUUCUGGGCAGUCCAAAAAGCCUCCAGAGCAUGGCAUGCAUAAGCCGUCUGGCGGUACAUAUACAAAACCUGAUGCAAGAGUGAAGUUGAUUCCGGCAGAAGACAUCACUUAUGUACGGCAUGGAAAGCCUUUUGGUAGAACAGUUGGCUCAGCAAAACUGCAGAAAAGACACUGCAGACGAAGUGUCACUCCUCCUCCGAGUUCGCGUAAAAUUUCUCUUGCGAGAUCGACACCGCUUACUCACAAGUCUACGACACCGUUUACUCCCAAGGCCAUGCCACCGCUUAAUCACAAGGCUUCGACGCCUCUUACCCACAAGGCCACAGCACCUCUUACUCACAAGGCCGCGACACCUCUUACUCACAAGCCCACGACACCACCCCAUCCUGUUGCGUCGUGUCUUUCUCCUAAGAGAGUUGAGACAGCUCACAAGGCCUCGGGACCUCUUAGUCCAAAGCCCACUACACCACCCCUGCCUGUUGCAUCGUGUCUUUCUCCUAAGAGAAUUGAGACAGCUCACAAGGCCUCGGGACCUCUUAGUCCCAAGCCCACAACACCACCCCUGCCUGUUGCAUCGUGUCUUUCUCCUGAGAGAGUUGAGACAGUUGAAAACAGGCAAUUUUUCUCUCUCAAUCGGCCAUCACCACUCUACAAGGCUGUCCAGGGAGGUGCAUUUCCUCCAUCUGUUUCGCAGAAAGAGUCAGAGAUGAAUCCCAUCAACCCUGGUUCUGUGCAUGUUCCUCCUGCAUAUUCAAGGAAGGUUCCUCUUAAUACAAAGGCAGAACCUCCUAAGAGUGUCAUCACACUUGACAACAAAAAGUUAUGCUCUACAAGCAAUCAAUCUGCACUUAAAUGUCAGCCCACAAAAAGAGACGCAGAUCCUAUUGUGGAAAAAGAAACUACUGUGAAGCUUCCAUUACUGAGCCCAACAUCUGUGCUUAGUUCAAGUUCCACCGAGGUAUGUCCAGAUACUGGAAGGUCUUCGUCCAGACUAAAUUUGUUUGAUGGAAAAUCCAAGCUGGACUCACUGCAGCCUGAAACAAACAUACCUCAAGCAAAAAGCCCAGAGUCUACAACUCCAACCCCAUGUGCUCAACUUUCCAAUGAUUUGAGAGUUGUUUCUUCCACUAAGAGCCAUGUCGAGAAACAAACGAACCAGGAACCAUCAAUUAGUCGUAACAUGUCUUCAGGUGCCCAAUUAAUUCUACAUACACCACUGUGCAAGGAGACAUACCAACCAGAGGCCUGCUGGAAGGGCAAAUUUGAAAUAACUGGAGAGCUAACACACACUUGUGAUGGACUUGAAGCCUAUUUCCCUUGUGAAAUUUCUAGCAAAGUUUAUGAAGCUUCAAAACAGAUGCCUGAAAUCUUGAAGCUAGAGGCUCUACCUCUUUCUGGCCUGUUACCAAAAAAAUUCAAGAUGGAACCACCUCUUGCUCAAGAUAUUGGACUGUGCUUCAUAAGUUCUUGUCAAAGGCCAAAUAGGGACUCUUACCAUCUCCUGGAAAAUGUUUCUUCACAUAUUGGCUUGCGGACUGACAUCGGCACCGUGGAGUUGCUUAUAUUUUCGUCCAAGCUGCUUACGGAAGAUGAUCAAACGAAAGACGGAGAACUUUACCUUUUUGGAGUUUUCCAGAAGCGUACCAGAAAGAGGCAGCACCGAGUCGACAGUCAUACAGAUAUCAGCAAUGUUGGCCUUUCAAAGGGAGACUGUAAUAUAUCUGAGGAUAUUGGCUUGGACCUGGAUAUGAUAGGAGGCAAAUACACAAAAGGUAAUGCAGCUCCCGCUGUUUCUUUCUUCACUGGGUCUUGUAGUCCUGACUCCGCAGGGACUACAGAUUCUCUAUGCAAAUCUGCUAGGAGAGCUCCUGCUUGCGGAGACCUUGUUUUGGACCCACCUUCAGGAUUUCCUCUUGAUGUCCCUCCUGGCUUCACAAGAGCUCGUUGUGGGCUUCGUAGAGGAAAAACUGCAGAAUCACAUAUCAACUCUUCUCCCAGCCUUGCUUUCGACACUCCAGGACCGAGACUUGAUGCUCCUCCAGGAUUUACAAAAGCACAUGGUGGAUCAGAAAACGGUGCUUCCACUCUUUUCUCUGAGAGAAAGUCCCCAAUCAAGUUCUCUCUCAACAUUACAAGGCCUCCUGGAUUUGCUAAAUUGGCUGAGGUGAAAAAAGAGCCUGGGUUACCAGCAUUCUUUAAGGCUACGGAGAAAACACCACCAAUUGGAAAAGCAAAUGAAAAGGAUAUCAAGCAUGAUAAGCAGGUCAACGUGGAAGUGGAAUCGGAUGACAGCUCGGAGGAGCGAGAGUUUCCCAAGACCAAGAGGCUCUCAGAUAUCCUGGGUUCUUGUGCCUCUUCGUCUUGGAGGAACAACGCUAGUACCUCAGCCGCACCUCGAAACUGCUCUGAAGUUUUCAGGCCUGCGACUGCGAGCAAGUUUGAGGAACAAAAGCAGCAGCAUCGGCAUUGCAGGAAGAGAGGGCAGCAGGAAGCAUCCGAAUCCGAUGCUGCUGUCGAGGCCACCAAAAGGCUCAAGGUCAACGGCCGCAUCGCGCUCAAUGGUUGUCCUGCCCUCAACUCCAACCAAGCGCAACCCAAAACUCCACCAACAUAGCCGAGGCCGUCCUUCGUCUCCCGACCCGACGCAAGUGCUCUUGUCUUGUGUGCGUGCGUGUCGUCUCAACUGCUACCUCUAACUAAUCGGCUAUGAAAACAGACGGUGAUUAUCAUGUCAUAUAUGUAUGUAUUCAGUGUAUUGGCUCGAAGCUGAAAACAGGUACAAAGUCGAAUAGUCAGUCGGAUAUAAUUCUAUGUAUGUACUAGGUGGGCCUAGUGUUAUGUCAAAACAAAUAUACCAUUCUUGAUCUUUCGAGUAACAAGGGACAACAUGGUUAGCAGAAA